UGGAAAACGAAUAAGUCAUGCUCGUUGGCCACAUAGAGAAGAGAGUGUCAAAACACGUCUCUCAUUGUGCUAGUCUUCCGCUGUUGGUUUCACAGGACUGUCCAGAGAAAUGUCCUUCUCCUGAGCCUGGUGUGUUGGGGGUCUUGAGACCCUAGUGCCUACAGCCCCAGGGUUGUAAUAUGGCGGCCAGCUUCCUGUGGGUCAGGAGCCAUUGGUUCACCAGACCAAACAGCCAUUCUUCAGGUGCAUUCUGUUGGACCUUAGGGGUCUGCCGUAGUAAAGGGGUCUAUUCAGAAAAAUGACCACUCGGGUGUUUGUUUCAUAAUGUUGGCGCUGUGGUUUCAUGGCUACUCAGAAGGCUCAGCUCUUACUUCCCACUGUCUCACUCGUUUGUGGUCUGAGGCAAGCCAUUUACAUCCUCCCUACUGUUUCCUCACCCAAACAAUGGGUAUUGCUUGUGGAAAAACUCCAACACGAUAAAGUACCCGACAACCUUUGUCCAGAGGGGGGCAUGCUAAUGUUCUAUAUCCAUGUCGCCUGAAUCAUGCCCCAUUUGCUCAUCUCAAAGGUUUUUAUUAUUAUUAUUAUUAUUAUUAUUAUUAUUAUUAUUUUUACCCUCAUGAUGCUUACUUAACCACACUUACCAGAAUGUUUUUCAAUCUUGAGCUGCUGGAAGAAGCAGAAUUCACAGAACCACAUGAUUUCUCUGAUAAAAUCUCUGCCUCCUGGAGAAAUUUUGGAAUGACAGCUCCGCCUUCCUUUACUCAUGAGGUGUGCACUCCACGAACCCCUGAGAAACAGCGAAGCGCAAGAUCCUGUCCAGGUCUUCUCUUCUUUAAAAUGUGCCCCGAUCUCUUCCCCACACACCGAUCCUUCCCUUCCGUCUGUCCCUCUAGUGCCUGUGGUAAUUUUUGACUCCACUGGUUGAAAAGCUCCCCGGGGGCGCGGUCUGUAUAUUGAGUCUUUCAGUCACGCUCAGUGGCCAGUAUGUUGCUGGGUAUGGAGCACUUAAAAAUGUGUUGAAAUAAUGAAACGAUAAAGACAGGGGAGGAAGCUUGACUCUAACAAGAGAGAAGAGAGGGUGUGUGUAUUGUCAGCGUGGGGGGCAAUUGUAGGUAAGAGCUAAAAAUGCCUAGAAUCCACAAAAUGGAAAACCUGUGUGUGUAUUUAAAGACGGGUGAUGAUUGCCCAUCAGGAUCCUGGAUGUAUUAUGCUGUCGCAAAGCUAAAAAAAGAGCUCCUGAUUGAAGAAGCAUCAUUUAAAUUUCAAUUCAGACAGCACUUGGGCAGUGUACCUCAACAGGAAGGGAUGCUGCUAACCCAAAUAUGGGCUCUUCUACCCGUAUAUUGUCAGAGCACAGGAGGCGCAUGGGAAGGACGAGGAACCGUCUUACGACUGCUGUGUUGCAAGAUACACAAAGAUGAAGACAGCAACCAACAUUUAUAUAUUUAACCUGGCGUUGGCGGAUGCUUUAGUUACUACGACCAUGCCCUUCCAGAGCACCGUCUAUCUGAUGAAUUCCUGGCCAUUUGGGGACGUGCUGUGCAAGAUUGUCAUUUCCAUUGACUACUAUAACAUGUUUACCAGCAUAUUCACCUUGACCAUGAUGAGUGUGGACCGAUACAUUGCUGUGUGCCACCCCGUCAAGGCUUUAGACUUUCGCACACCCAUGAAAGCAAAGAUCAUCAACAUCUGUAUUUGGCUCUUAUCAUCAACUGUCGGCAUAUCCGCGAUAGUCCUCGGAGGGACCAAAGUCAGGGAAGACAUGGAUGUCAUCGAGUGCUCCUUGCAGUUCCCGGAUGACGAGUACUCCUGGUGGGACCUCUUCAUGAAGAUCUGUGUCUUCGUCUUCGCCUUCGUGAUCCCUGUCCUCAUUAUCAUCAUCUGCUACACCCUGAUGAUCCUGCGCUUGAAGAGCGUCCGUCUCCUCUCUGGCUCCAGAGAGAAAGACCGUAACCUCCGUCGGAUCACCAGGCUGGUCCUGGUGGUGGUGGCGGUCUUUGUCAUCUGUUGGACCCCCAUUCACAUCUUCAUCCUUGUGGAGGCCCUGGGGAAUGCCUCUCACAGCACCGCUGCCCUCUCUAGCUAUUACUUCUGCAUCGCCUUGGGUUAUACCAACAGCAGCCUGAACCCCAUUCUCUAUGCGUUUCUGGAUGAAAACUUCAAGCGGUGUUUUAGGGACUUCUGCUUUCCAGUUAACAUGAGGACGGAGCGACAGAGCACCAGUAGAGUCCGCAACGCCGUUCAGGAUCCUGCUUACAUGAGGGAUGUUGAUGGGACAAAUAAACCAGUAUGACUAGUCGUGGAGAUGUCUUCCUACAGUUCUUCGGGAAGAGAAGAGUUUAAUGAUCUAGGGUUAACUCAGAUCAGCACCGAAGUCUGAGAUGGAAAGGUAGAAUCUUUAACAAACUUUUAGAAGUCUUGUGGUCUGAAGUCCUACGACGCUGGCUGGGUUAGCGACCCAGGUCAGCGGAAGCAUCGAGGCUGUCGGGAUGGAGUGGAGAAGACUUGAGUAAGCAAAUCCAGCCCCUUUCUAGGGCAGGGAAGCACGGCUGAUUCUGAGUUCCUUUGAUGGACAAAGAAAUAAGCCUUUUCUCUUCUGGUUACCUAAAUUUAGUCCGGGCCCCACCUGCUGCGGCCUUCCCAUGCAACGCGGUUCCAAAAGCUCUGUUGAAAAAAGACAGGACAAGUCAACACCUUGGUUUCAGAGCUCAGUGGGCCUCCAAUCCAGAUGCUUGACGUUGACGACGACCACCUGAAUACAAACAAGGACCGUUCCUAGGGCACGUGCCCCGCUCCCUUGAUGCUUUGUGGACGCACUUCACAGUGGCUGUGCGGUGAGGAUUCCGGCGGAGGCAGGGCUCAGACCCACACCUGAGGUGUCUGCUUACGUAUAACAGGAAGUUACCUUGAUAGGUAUGAAGUUACUUUCAACAGACCAAAGGUGGUUUCCAACCGAGUUUAGUUUCUUAGAAGCCACAGUCGGUUUUUCAGCAUGCCAUUCAGCUAAAUAAUUUCAUGACAAUGCGUGUCUUCAAAUACCACCGAGAGUGUAUAUAGCUACACCUGUAAAUAAUAGUAGAUACAUGCGAGUACGAAAUGGGCUUGCCUUCCAGCCAGCCACUCUCCCAAGGGCAUACUAACACGAAUCCCCUGAGUUAGUGAGAGCUGAUGCUGAGACAUUUGGGGACAACAAAAGCUUCUUUCUGGGAGUUGGUCAGGUGCCGUCUUUUUCAGACCCGUGAGUGCCAUUUAGUCCUUCAACGGUACUCACAACGCACGUAUUAAUCAAUUAUGAAAUAGGGUACUCAUUCCCCGGUUGUUGACUUGGCAGAAUCUAAUCUACAUGCAGCGUCUCUUCGUGAAUAUAUAGCUGCUACCAAAUUCUCUCUCUCCGGGGAGGGAGGGGGUUUUGCCCGUGUUAAUCUUGGGCUAGGAGCGUGUGGCCUUCAGCAGGAAGUAGAAACGUUCCGAAGCGUGGGCUGAACGAGGACGUGAUGUCCCCUGUGGUGCUUGGACACAGCCUUGCACUGUGUUCUGUGAAGAGUGUACCAGCUGAGGAUAAUGCCGUGGGCAGCACAUUUAGGAUAAUUUGGCCAAAACUUCCAGAUGACACAGUCUCCUUUCUUUCCCCCUGAAACUUAGGAUUUCAGAGGUAAUGGCUUUUUCUGUAAUUUGCCUGGGCAGAAGAAAUGGGUACGUUAGAAAUAACACCCAAUCUCUUCUAUGUUCCUAGGGCAGCAUCCCCUGGAAUUUAGCGGGAAGUCAAAUGUAUAGGCCUACGUGCUCAUAGGCACCAUCACAGCUGUCAUUUCCAUUCAUGGUGUACUUUCUGUCUUGUGUAUAUACUCUCUCCUUUCGGAAACAAAUCUUGCCCUGAGGGUUUUAUAUUAUGGCUUCAGAAUUUUACCACAAUGAUAUUUGUGUAUAUUCCAGAUUUCCAUGGCAUCUAAUAGGUGACGUAAGGCAGAAAGGCAAGGUUCCUAAUGAACACGAAGUACUCCUUUGAGCGUUUCUUAAAUUUCAUUGAUUUUCUCGGGUGGCUUUGUAUUCCUGUAACAAAAUGUAGGUAGGAAGGGCCUAAAUAUUGAUUGGCAUUCGCCGCAUGGUUAAAAAUCGUGGCUAUCAUAUGGGAGGGGUAUUUAUACAGAGAGUAGUUCCAGAAACAAACCCUACUGGUGUGAGAAAUAUAAAAAUCUCUUUAUGGAACACUAAGACCCGGGAGGGUUUCUUGAAGGAUUCUUAAGUGGUACAAAAAUAUAAUGGAGACACAAUCAUGGAAUGAAAUUACAGUAAUGGGUUUUCUUUCAAUUAGCACCCCGUGUGCCCUUAUGGCAUCUAUGGCCAUUAUUGGAUUCUGAAUUUUAGCCAGAUUAUCCUGCUCGUUUUUAUAUCUAAGUUUGCAGCCCAAGAAGUAGCUCUAAGUGCCCAUGAGGGCUGUACAAAUUUCUCUAUUAUUGUGGGCACCAAUUUCCUCAAACUGGAAGAGGGGAGAGAGUGGCUUGUCAUUUUAGGGCACUACUUUAAAGGAUG